GCUCUUUUUCUUUUUAUAUAUUUCUUCUUGCCGAUCUGCUGCGGUCCUUCGCAGCUUAAACUCCGCGCGUCGCGUCAGCACCGUCGACGUCGUGUUGCUUGCGUGGUGGCCCUUUCAGCGGACGCGUGUGGGGAAGACGCCUCCGUACAAGGUAUUCCCCCCCCCCUCCUCUCUUGUCUGGCUUGGUUUUUACCGCUUUGCUUUUGCGUUUAUUUUCCUCCUCUUUCGAUCGCUUUCAGCAUUCCCCAUUGUUCGUCGUUCACCACCCACAGCGGCAAAGGCGCUAAUACAUAUAUAUUUGUACAUGGCAGCGCUUUCAUUGAGUCGUCUUCCCCAACUGUCCGUGAUUCGUGACGUCUGCGCUCCCCUCUGAGCUUUUCUCUUUCACUCCUUUGAUUUUCCUCAUAGUCAGCGAAUCCAUCGCCACCCGCCAACGCAACAGCAUUCAUAUUGGCGCUUCCUAGCGCACUCGUACGAGAACGAAGGAGAAGGAAGAGAUGCGCCUCCCGGCGAGCGACUUCGGUGCUAGCGAUGUCGCGCCGCCGCUGCACGAGCGCGAGAGCUGGCUGCAGUGGUUAAUUCGGACGAUGCGGGAGACGGCGAACCCCAACACGAUGCACACCGAGGACCUCACCCCGGUCGAGCUGGAGAAGCAGGCGAGCUUUGAGAGCCUGGACUACUACAAGCCGUACCCCGACAUGUACGUGGAGUACCUACGGGAGAGCCACGAGAGCCGGCGCCAUCAGUACCUCGACGCGUCUUCGGCUGAGGGUGGCUCUCGACAAGUGGCAGAAGCGGCUGUUGAGAUGCCAAAUCGAGUCCCGCCUGCACCCUCCUCCUCCGCCUCCGCCAGCUCACCCAUGCAGCAGGUCGCCGAGAGCUUCCCGAUGCUGCAGAUGGACCAGGACGAGCGCCACGCCGCCCUUCGCUGGACGCUGCACGUGCUCAUCGCCUUCUCCGUCGGCAUCGUCGCCACUUUUGUGUCGUACGCCGUGGACUUCGUGGAGAAGUACCGGGCGGACGUGUUGUACCGUGUGAUGGUGCGUGACGGUGAACACGGCAUCGUGGGGAUCGUGGUGGGCUUCUUCUACACGGUGCUCGGCUCCGUUCUUCUCACCGCGGUGGCGGCGGGGGUCGUCGUGUACUUCGAGCCGGCCGCAUCAGGCGGCGGCAUACCAGAUGUGAUGGCGUACCUCAACGGCGUGCACCUGCGCAAAGCGAUGAACCUGCGGACCUUUCUGGCGAAGGUGAUCUCGUGCAUUUGUGCGGUGUCGGGUGGGCUACCGGUGGGACUCGAGGCCCCGCUGAUCCAUCUCGGGGCGAUCACCGGCGCCGGCAUGACGCAGGGCCGUAGCCGCACGUUGGGCUUCCAGACCCGACUUUUUCAGGCCUUUCGCAACAACAAAGACCGGCGGGACUUCAUCACGGCCGGGGCGGCCUGUGGGGUGUCCGUCGCCUUCGGUGCGCCGAUCGGCGGGUUGCUCUUCGUAAUGGAGGAGGUGAGCAGCUUCUGGGAUCAGAGCUCCAAUGGGCAGAUCUUCCUCGCCACGAUGCUGUGCUUCACCUUCAGCACCAUCAUCAACUCCAUCGUCGAGGAUCGGCGGCUGCUGGGGUGGGUCUCGAACGCAGCCUCGGUGCUGUUUGAGGUGAACUUGACGAUCCCGCUGAACCUCGUCUCGAUUGUGCCGUCGCUGCUCCUCGGCCUUAUCAUCGGCUCCAUGACCGCCUUCUUCACCAAGGCGAAUCUCAUCCUUAUCAAGUGGCGCCGACGCGUGCUGCGGCCGUACCCGUUCCGACGCUUUCUCGAGCCCGUCGUGGUGGGGGCGGUCUUCUCCGCCUCCAUGUUUGUGCUCUCCCUCGCCGCCCCGUGCGCGGAGGAGCUCGAGAUUGACGACGUCAACGACACGAUACACAUCUGGGGCACCGAGGGCGCGGGCCGGCUCUUCAACGCAACGUGCGCAAAGCCCCACACCUACUCCCCGCUCGGUACGCUGAACAUGGCAUCCGGCAAGAACACCAUCCGCCAUCUCUUUUCCCGGCAGACGGCCGGCGAGUUCACCGUGGCGAACCUCCUCCUGUACUUCUUCAUCUACUUUGGCUUUGCGGUUCUGUCCAGUGGCAUGGCGGUGGCCGGUGGGCUGGUGGUGCCGAGUCUUGUGAUGGGGGCCGUCUUUGGUCGCCUGUACGGCCUGCUGCUGUUUAAGAUGGGUGCGAAGGAGGUCCCUGGCAUCCCGAACAGCUACGCGACGUCGGUGGCGUGGAUGGACCCGGGCUUGUUUGCCUUGAUCGGCGCUGGCGCCUUCCUCGCCGGCACCUCCCGCAUGACCAUGGCGAUUUGCGUCAUCAUGGUGGAGCUGUCGUCGGAGCUGCACUAUCUGCUGCCGGUGAUGGUGGCGAUUGUCAUGUCCAAGUCGACGGCCGACUGGCUGUGUGAGCCGCUCUACCAUCAGAUGUUGAUGAUGGACAGCGUGCCGUACCUUCCGCACAACAUCGUGAAGCCCGAGUUUGAGCAGCUCACCGCGGCGGACGUGAUGGCGAGCGAGGUGGUGAUGCUACGGAAGCGGGAGCGGACGGAGACGGUGCUGGCGGCGCUGCGCGACAGCACGCAUCACGCCUUCCCGGUCGUGGAGGCGGAGCUGGAUGACUUAAUCGCGGAGGAGGAAAAGGAGGGGGCACCGAACACAGUGAGCAGCCUCAGCGGCGGUGACCGAAAAGGAGCGCACAGCUCGUCGCCCCCGCCCAACCGCCGCGCAGCGACGUCAACCGUCAGCGCCACCGCCACGACUGCGUCAGGGGCGCGCUCGCUCGACGACCCGUCGGCGCACAUCCGCUACAAAUUCGUCGGCCUCGUUACCCGCGAGGACUUGCAGGUGUACUUCACGUUGCCGCAGCUGCAGGAGUACGACGCAUCAUUGCCUGCGCCGUCGCCGACGCCGGUGCCGCUGACGGCGGACGACAGCGACGGCUUCGGCGGCCGUCUCGCCCCCUGCGUGCUGGCGAUCCGAAAGAUGUCGUGGCAGCAGUGGAUGGCGCAGAAAGGGAAGCUUUUUUUCACCACGCUGGACCGCUACGAGUGGGUGCGGACGCACAUCCCGGACGGGGCGCCGAGCGGGGCUGACGUGGGUGCCGAGAGCGCCUCCUUCAUCAGUGAGAGCCGCCUGCCGCCGGUGGUCGACCUCUCGCUCAUCGUGAACCGCAGUCCAUGGGUCAUCCCGCCCUUCUUCAACCUGCAGAUGGCGUACCACACCUUUCGCAUGAUGGGGCUGCGGCACAUGGUCGUGGUGGACGGCGACACCGUGACGGGCAUCAUCACGCGCAAGGACCUCCUCGUCGACUCCCUGCGACGUCGCAUGAAGGAGCUGAGUGCGCGGCUGGCCACGGCGGGCUCCGCGGCACCGUCGCUGCCGCCCAGCCGCACAAAUCGAGCGUACGCCCCGCAUCGCCGAGGCGGAGAAGCGGCGGCGGAAGACGGGGGCGAUGCUCGUGGGCCGGGGAUACACGUGUUGCGCUCGGGCGCUGGGACGGCAGCGGCGUCGCGACAGCUCCACCGGCAGACGAGCGCGCCCACGGCAGCCUCUGCGUGGUCGCGGCUGGAGAUCGAAGCGGAGAGGUGGCCGGCACCGCUGGAUGCUGCGUUGGGGUCCGCGGCAGCACAAGGCAACGAAAAGGAUGAGGCGAGGGAGCAGUAUGGUGCUCCACGAGUGAAGGAUAGUAAUGGCAGCAGCGGUCCUCAUCAGCCGCCGUCGCACAAACUUGUAUCACCGCUGAGUUUGUUGUUCGACAGCUCGUCGAGCGGCACCGUCAAGUCGGGGCCGGGGCGUGCCGUCGCGGCAGCCGACGUGGCCCCUUCUCCCUCACCGCCGCCACGCGCGAUGGCGCAGCAGUCCUCCAAGGCGGGGGAGGCGAAGGAUGCAGCCGCGCUACCGGCGAAGAGUGCGACGACGACACAGAAGAAGAAGCCGCUGUCGCCCGAGGCUGCGAUGCUGUUUGACCUGAGCGUGGUCAAGUCGCCGCGAGAGGCGUCGCAGGAUGAAGGCGGGCUUUGA